ACAAAAAUAAAAAAUAUCAGCAUCUUGGGUAACAAGGUCAUCAACAUUAGUUUCGAUGAGAACGAAAAGUUUUUAACAACUAAAUAAUCGACUUGUAGAUAAAAUGUAAACCGUAGUGUCAUUAACAGAUCGGCGUUAAAUUACGAGGGGCAAAAGUAAUGACUGAAUCCCCAAAAAUGCUACUACCUACUUAAAAUCCAAAAACCGAGCAUUUUUAUCAGUCUUAGUUAUUCCCAUAAAAUGUAAGAAAAAAAGUGCAUAAUGUCAGAGAUAAACUGCAUAAACGAACAACCACCUUCUAAAAGCGGUUGUUCCUCCUUGUUGUUAAGUGACAUUGAUUUAAAAACUAACGGUGACAUGUGUAAUCUAAUACCGAACAAUAACAUUCGCGAAGACAUCGUCUCAUCGAACAGUGCUAACGUAGACGCUGAAUGCGACACGCAAACCACCACCGAGUCCAGCGACAAGAGCCCCGACAUGGACGAGCACAAAGAAGAAACCGAAGAAGACAGCAUCGAUGGGAAACACAGAGUAGACGAUGACGACGAAGAAGAAGAAGAAGAGGAAGAAGACCCGUACAACAUCAACAAUGACAAAUCCUUCGAUGACGAUGUCAAUUACGAACCGAAAGAGCACCGCAACGGCGUCGCCAAAAAAAUCAACAAAAAGAAGAAACUGACCAGCGGCCCGGGCAGGGGGAGGCCGCGCAAAGGCCACAUCGCCAUGUACCAGAGCCAGAUCAGCGGCGACAAGAACACCAUCAAAAUACGGAUAAAACGAAGCAAUUUUUGUACGCAGAUGCCUCCGAGUAAAAAGAAAUCGGGAAGGCGGAAAAAGCACAAGGCAGCUUCGGAUACGGACGCUUCAGACUACGAACAGAAACCGAAACGUUCCAAAGUUUAUACCACGGAGAACGACGUGUCCAGUACGCAGGAGCAGGAGCCACUCGAGCAGAGCGUUUGGGGCGAUCCGGAAAAGUUCCCCGUCGAGUUGCUCGGGAAGAUCUUCGAUCACGUCGUUGCUCAAGACGGUUGUCUACCGUCAUUAGUGAGGUUCAGUAAGGUGUGUAGAUUGUGGCGAGACGUGGCCGUGCUGCCGAAAUUGUGGCACAAGGCCGAUUUGAACUACGUGAAGGAGCGGUAUAGGACUGAUUUGCGUUUGCAUUGGCUCAUAUUGAAUCGGCUCGUCGAAUGCCAGGAUCUUAAUAUGGGCGAAUGGAAAAUUAGGGACAUACAGGAUUUCUUAGAAGCGCUUUGCGAGCAUUGUACAAAAUUAAAAGGUCUUAAUUUAAGCGGCUGGAAAGGCAUUUCUCCCGAUCAUUUGAAAUACCUUUCUUCGAAUUGCAAGACAUUAGAACGGCUAGAUUUGUCUUCGAUUAACUUCACGUCACCAAUUAAUGCACAACCUUUAGUAAACCUAAGUCAAACGAUGGGAUCCCGCCUGACGCACUUAAUACUAGCUCACAAUAAAAUCGCGAAUUUUACGCACAUCAUGGCGGCCCUUUCGACGAAUUGCCCGAACCUGCACCUGCUGGACAUAUCGAACAUCAGAACGUUCGCCCACAACAUGUCCCAAUUGCACAUCGAGAAACUGCAAAUGGGCUGUCCCGAUUUGAGGGUGUUGCGCAUCACCAACAGCCAAAUUUGGCUGGCCGCCGCCAAUCUGUCCGAUCAAAUGGGCUCGACGGGUUUUCGCAAGCUGGAGGAACUCUCCCUGGCCGGUCUGGAGGACGAUCAAACCACGACGUCGCGAUCGGUCGACGACGAUUGCAUCGAGCGGAUGCUCAAAUCGAGCACCAAGCUCCGUUUGCUCGACGUGCGAGGUUGCAGCAAACUCACCGAUUCCGGUUUGGUGCGCGUGCCCGCUUGGGAUUUGGAGCACCUCUUCUUGAGCGCUUGCUACAUAACGCGAUUGCAGAAUUCCGGUUUGGAAUUGAUCAUGCAGAAGUGGUCGCACAGUUUGAUCGAGGUGGAUUUGGCGUGGAGCACGGCGACGAAGCCGCUCGACGCCGCCGUUUUGGCGUUGGCCGAGAAAGGCGCCGAAUCUAAAUUGAGGACUUUGAAUCUUUGCGGUUCUUCGGUGAGCUUGGAGCCGGUGAAGAUGGUCUUGGAGAAGUGUCCGAGAUUGCACUCGAUCAAUUUGCAAUCUUGCCGGGCGCUGCCGCGCGGUAUUAAGAGAUUGUAUACCGGCAGCCAGGUCGAUGAGUUGAGGAAGAGUUUGCAGGACAGGCCAAAGAUAGAAGCGAGUGAAUCGGAAAACGACCAGUCACCGGCACAGACGACAGUGUCUCCGAGGAAUGAAUAACAUUGUUGAACAAUGUUUGGCUUUAUUAUUACUAUUAUUAUUUUUAUUUUUUUAUUUUAUUUUCCUCUCUUAUACUUGGAUGAUUAGAGUUGAGCAAAAGUGGAUCAUGUUAUUGUUUUGUCAAUUCGAAAACGAAAGAGCUACGCAAGUAUAUUGUAUCAAUUACUUUUCCUAUUAUGUAUAAUCGUAAUUUUACAUAUUAUAUUUGUUAAUUUUUAUGGAAUGAUUUUAUAAAAAUGUUAAUAUUGUGGAAAAAAUGUGUCUCAAUUAUUGUUAAUAUUUUGUAUACAAAGGUAGUUUUUUUCUGUGUGCGACCUAGAUAAAUUACACAGUUAAAGACGGUCUUAAUGAGAUUUUAGAUUGAUUAUUUUAAUCGGUAUUAAUUUUGGAAAAAUUAUUUUUUUCGGAUGAUUUUUUAUAAAAGAAUUUUUAUUUAGGCAAUAAAUACGUAACGACCAGUUUUGCUUCAGCUAUAUUUUCGUCACUAAACUUGUUGUUUUCAAAAUUUGUAUUUAUUGUAAUUUAG